AUGCUGAGAGACACAAAAUCAGCAGAGGUGGACUACCCCCGUCCUGCCGAGGAUGAGGUGGCCCUGUCGCUGGAGAGGGACUGGACCAAGGAGGAGGAAGUCAGGGCGAAGCGAAAGUUGGAUCUCCUCCUUAUGCCGCUGCUCGGUUUAGGAUACUUUUGUUUGCAGCUGGAUCGUGGAAACAUCGCCAAUGCCAUCACCGACAAGUUCAUGGAAGAUGUCGGCAUCGACCAAGACCAAUUCAACGUUGGCCAACAACUGCUCUCCCUCGGCAUCGUCCUUACCGAGAUCCCAUCCAACAUGAUCCUGUACCGAGUCGGCCCGGGAAAAUGGCUCACUCUUCAGCUCUUCCUCUUCGGCACUGUUAGCACCUUUCAGGCAUUCCAGAAAGGGUACGGCCCUUUCCUUGCGACACGGUUCCUCCUCGGCAUCACCGAGUCGGGCUUUAUCCCCGGUGGACUAUGGACUCUGUCGACGUGGUAUACCCGCUCCGAGAGUGCCAAGCGCAUCAUUGUCUUCUACUUCGGAAACCAGCUCGGCCAAGCGUCCUCGAAACUCCUCGCAUACGGUAUCCUGCAUAUGCGUGGUGUGGCUGGUAGACCGGGCUGGUUUUGGCUGUUCGUCCUCAUGGGAGCCUUCACCUUGAUGUCUGGUAUCCUGUUUGGCCUCUUCUUGCCCGACUCGUUCAAGAACCCUCGCAGCACCUUCUUGCCGCGCGUGAACAUCUUCACCGAGAGGGAGAUCCACAUCCUGAGGACCCGUGUCUGGCUCGAUGACCCCAUGAAGGGAAAGAAGAAGAAGCGCAUCGGUCGGCCUGCGUUCAAGAAGGCUUUCCUGAGCUGGCGUCUGUGGGUUCACUUUCUGAUCUCGCUUGCCAACAACGGUCCGCUGCGUGCCUUUGAUACCUACGGCCCGUCGAUUGUGACCAGUUUCGGGUUCCCUGCGCUCUCGUCCAACGCGCUCGCUUCUGUCGGUCUCUACAUUCAGAUUCCAGUCGCCUUUGCGUUCAGUUACGUGUCGGACCGGUUCAACAAACGCGGCGAGACGGUCAUGGCUGGUUUUACGUGCCACUUGAUCGGCUACAUCUUCAACCGUGCCUUCACAACUUUGGGUUCUGACCUUCGAGGAGUCCGAUACUUUGGCGUGGUGUGGACUCAGGUCUUUGGAACCUUCUCGCACCCUCUCAACAUCACAUGGAUGUCUCUCGCGUGCACCGACUCGGAAGAGCGAGCAUUAGCCAUGACCAUGGCCAUCAUGGGUGGUAAUAUUGCGGGUAUUUAUGGUGCCCAGAUCUUCCGUCAGGAUGACCGACCACUCUACCAGCGCGGGUUUGCCGUCAAUAUUUCCAUUCUCGUCGCAGGCUUGUUGCUCGCCGUCGUCCGAUUCGUGGACGAUAGGCUGCGGCGUCGCAAGGCAACUCAGCUUGAGUCUCAGGCGGCCGAGUCCGACAAUGGCCACCUGAGCGACGAGAAGGUGGACCGGCCCCGGGACGGCGACGGUCAACCAGCGCGCGCCGAUUCGACUAAGGAAGGCGUCGUCCUGCCGGCGGUGACGGGUGGUGUCUGA